AUGGAAGUCCAAGUGAAGAGGCGAGGAGCAUUCCAGAAGGCGUAUGUGUCCAGCUACGGGGAGAUUCCUUCGGAGGUCUUCGGUGAAAAUGUUUGGGAACAUCGGUUGGCGCAACUUUUGCCGAAGACGGAAAAGCGCGGAGGACCAAAGGGUGGCUAUGGAGAAGAACCAGGAUUUGCUGCAGUCGGGGCUUCCAUCGAACAUCUGCCAUGGUAUCUCUUGUGGCGGCAGUCCUUGAAGCAACUUGCUUUUGGGGUGGAGGUUGGAGUCGCUUUCCAAUCGCUGUCAGAAGACUGGCAAAGGGAUUGCCAAAGGAUUGUGACAUGCCACAACCUCAACGGCUUGGACCCAACGGUCACACUGGAAUCCGAAGCUAUGUCUUUUGAUUGGGGCUGCAUGGUGCUGAGCCUCUAUCCACCUGGCUUGCAGAUCAAGCGCUCGUGGGUCUUACAUCUGAAGAAGACCGUCAACAUCUGGUAUGAAUGCACCCUCUGGGGUCAUACGAACUGGGUUCAGCGCCUUGGUGGGCAGUCCAAUCCUAAAGAUGUGCAAAGAUAUGUAAAUCGCGUUGCAGCACCAGCAGCCAGCAGCAGCGCAAGACCCUCUGAGCCACCAGCACCACCGCUGGCCGAGCCACUGCCAGCCCAGCCGCUUGCGCCACCACCACCAGGGCUGGUGGGAUAUGGGCAAAUUACUGACCCAGUGAUGUGUGAAAUCUUGCGUGAUUAUCGCAUCUCUACGACCGUGGGCAGCAGAUUGUCAACUUUGUCCCUCGUGUCCCAGGCUGCCAUUUUGUCCAGGCUUCUGUACAAGCGGGCCCAAGAUGAUGAGUCCUUUGAUGGCUGGCUCAUGAAGGCAAUCCGAAAUGAGAAGGCCCGGCUCUACGACAUGUCGAAAAAGGACAGGACUUGAUCGGAAAAGGUCCAGCUGAUGGCUGCGAAUGGCCUGCGAAUUUUGAAUUUGUGGAGCCUGGAAUAUACCCCUUGCGCACAGAACUUUCAAAGCACUGUAGUAAAGACAGGAUGCAAAAA